UAUAAAAAGGAUAUAUAUUCUGAUGGAUAAGCGUUUACACACAGUAUUGAUAUAACGUUCUGUAUCAGAAAAAGACUCUUCCUUGCUACGAGGUCCUUAUAAGUCGAUUGACAUAAUUUGUUAUGGAUGCGUUUAGAGAGAAAAGACGGAAGAACACGAUAAUUUAUGCCUAUCAAUUUUUUUGACGAAUGCGCACGUGUAGUAGAAGGAUAAUCGCAUAGAGGCAUAAUACACGCAACAAGACAAACGCAUCGAAAGCUCAAGCAGAAUAGAUUUAAGUUUAGAAGCGAGAACAAUGAGUAUACCAUACGAUGAGAGCUUAAUCUGGAUAGUGGUGGUCGGCUUUAUAGUAGCGUUUGUUCUGGCAUUCGGCAUCGGCGCCAACGAUGUCGCCAAUAGCUUUGGGACGAGCGUCGGCGCCGGGGUGCUCACGAUAUUCCAAGCCUGUGCCCUGGCGACCGUCUUCGAGAUCGCCGGUGCUGUUCUGAUAGGAUACAAGGUCUCCGACACAAUGCGAAAGGGUAUACUGGACGUCUCGUUGUACGAGGGCCACGAGAAGGAGUUGAUGAUAGGGGCGUUGUCCAGUCUAGCCGGGUCCGGUGUCUGGCUACUACUGGCUACCGCUUUACGACUUCCAAUUUCUGGUACGCAUUCCAUAGUUGGUGCUACAGUUGGAUUUUCGCUCGUGUGCCGAGGUACCGCCGGGGUAAGAUGGCUAGCUCUUAUUAAUAUAGCAGCAUCUUGGUUUGCCAGCCCCAUACUUAGUGGGAUCGUGUCCGCCAGUAUCUUUUGGCUUUUGAGGAAAUCCAUGCUCCAGUCUAAUAAACCAUUCGAGAAAGGUCUUCAUAUUCUCCCCAUAGUUUACGGUCUGACCGUUGCUGUCAAUAUAAUGUCAAUUGUGCUUGACGGACCUAAACUACUAGCGAUGGACAAGAUGCCGUGGUGGGUUAGCUUGAUAGCCGCGCUGUUGGCGGGCAAAUUUGCCGCGGUGAUCGUGUACGUUUACGUAGUGCCACGGCAAAGAGCGAGAAUACUGUUAGCAUCGAACGGCAGCGACGAAAAGGCAGCUGCAACGACGGCGACGCACUUUGGCCAAGAGAACGAGACGACGGCGUUGUCGGUGAUUUCGGAGGUUCCCUGCGGCAGCAGUAAUGGUAACGCGAAGGCUGAUUUGGCACCCAAGUUGCGCGGUAACACUAGCGAGAGCCCGUUACUGAUGACCGCCCAGGUCGCGGAAGCAGAGAACGCGCAGAUGGACGGGAUAGUAGACGACGAGGAACAGCCGGAAGUAUCGAGGCUGUUUGCUUUUCUCCAAGUACUUACUGCGGCGUUUGGUAGCUUUGCGCACGGCGGCAACGAUGUCAGUAACGCGAUCGGCCCGCUGAUCGCUCUCUGGGCGGUAUACGCGGAGGGCUCGGCCCGACAGGAGGCCGAAACACCUAUACUUAUCCUGCUAUACGGCGGCCUAGGUAUUUCUACGGGAUUAUGGGUGUGGGGACGCAGGGUUAUACGGACCGUGGGACAGGACCUGGCGCGCAUUACUCCCACCACCGGAUUCACCAUAGAGGUGGGUGCCGCGGUGACGGUUCUGUUGGCAAGUAAAGUUGGUCUACCUGUGUCAACGACGCACUGUAAAGUUGGGUCGGUGGUGUGCGUGGGAUGGGCCUCGCGUGGCGGCGAAGGAGUGUCGUGGAAGCUAUUUCGGAAUAUCGCGUUUGCGUGGCUGAUUACCGUACCGAUGGCCGGCUGCUUGUCCGCCGGUUGCAUGGCCAUUUUCCGCGAGAUAAUUAGUUUGUGAUUUUUUGCAGUCGCAUACGACCGAGGCGCUUUAGACACAAAAAGAAAACCAUCCAAAUGCAGCUGUUGUCAAUAAAUUCUGAACAAAUAAAUGGUCGAACAGAA